AUAAUCACUCGCCUCGCUGAACUUUCCUUGGUUUUUCUUGGUUGACCUUUGUGUCAACCCUGGGUACUCAUGGAGUGCAAUGGGUUUCCAUGCCGAGAGAGCAUGGAAGUUCUCAAAGUGGAACCAGAGCACCUAGCCGCCUUCACUCUUCCUGAAGAGGCAUUGGAGUUUCAGCCAGAGGGUGAAGAUGUCUACCUGCAGCUUAGCUCCGGCAUUUUGGAACGUCGACUGCAUAGCAACGUGGCGUUCUCGGCAGAGGAGGAGAAAGCCCUGCAGAAUCUCAGAACAGAGGCUCGCCGCACCGGGAAGCGCUUCAGCCCAGAGAUUUGCCAAGAAGCUACGCGAUAUUUGAGCGCUACUCGUGGAAACCAUCAGAAAGCUUUGAGCUUGAUGGAGGCCACUGAGAACUGGCGGAGAUCAUAUUUUAAGGAUGGGCCUUUGUGUUCGGCAGAUUUGGCAGAAGACAUGUCGCAUGGCUUUGCGUACUUCGUGGGCCGCGAUCGUGCGCUUCGGCCAGCCCUGGUGUUCCGUGCGUCACGAGUGCCAGAGCAGUGGCGCAAAGACUACGAUGUGGAUCGGCUGCUGCGGGUCUUAAUUUUUUGCAUGGAGGUGAUGCUGCGCUUCAUGCUGGUACCAGGUAAAGUUGAAACCUCCUGCUUGAUUGUCGACUUGCAAGACAUCUCCACCAAGGAUAUCCCCGUGUCCUUGCUCCGGGAGAUCCAUCAACUCUUCACUGCACACUAUCCAUGCCGAGGUUUCCGCUUCUACGUGUGCAACGUGCCACGCAUGCUGAUGGCCAUCUCACACGUGGCAAAGAACCUUCUGACAGAGAGGCAAAAGUUGAAGGUCCGAGUUUUGAGCGAUGUAUGUGAGCUCUUGGAGGACUUCGCACCACAUCAGCUGGAGCUGGACUUAGGUGGUUCGAGGCCGUUGGCGAAGACCUUUCUGCCGUUUCCCUUGGGUCCAGGCCCCUUCUAUCCGGGAUCAGCACCGCGCCUUUGCGGAGUUACCAAUUUGCACAAAGCGUCUGGACUGGAGGAGGCCCGGGAGGAAGUGGAGCGGCACAAGGCAGAGGCAUCUGGGCUAAGUCCCAGCAGCAUUGACACGCGACAGGACACGAUCAGCGGGAGGCUGACGUCAAACUCAAGGUCUCCAGACUCCUUCGAAGCCCUAUCUCAACCAUGGGCCUUCAGAGAAGGCGACGAAGUCGAGGUGUGGAGCAUGUCGCAACAUGCCUGGGUUCCGGGCGUUGUCCAGGCCGUCUUCGCACAGAACAGCAUUGCGGACGGAUACCAAGUGCCCGCGGGUACGUUGAAAAUCUCCAUCCCAAGAGGAUAUAAGUGGAUACCCCAAGAUUUAAUCGGUUCCAACGUCCGAAGAGCGAUGGUGCCAACCUCUAGCAUUGCCGAGCAAUGCAAGGAGAUUGCCAACCAGGGUCGAGUGCUUUUGAGCGUCUCUUUGGUGGAAGAGCCUGACGACCAGCAUCCCCCCAGGUGUAGCCAGUCUCCAGGCAGCGAGAUUUCUGACCGCUGCAUACGCGGAGCGUGGUUUUGCCUGUGAGCACCUUUUGUACAGUUUGCUUUUGCACUUGCCUGACGCGCAAGAGUGCAGUCUGGUACGCAGGGUUUGGGAUGACUCUUUUUAUAACCUUGUCCAUUGCACGUUCCAGGCACAAGGAUGCCAUGGAUUUGCCGGAAUCAAAGCCGCUUCUUUGUCAGUUCUGAGAGUUGUUUCAAGGGGCUUUGAUUUCUAGCGAAAUACCGUCAUCACCCCAUUUCCGCAAUCUUGGGAAGCAUACGCUUGCCCGAGGAAAUCCGAAAUCUUUGCCUUGUUGCAUGGGACAAGCUCGUAAGUUCUGAGCCCUUGGCGAACCUUUGGGGUUCAGGACCAUUGUUCCAUGACAUCCUUUUCCACAACCAAAUCCCUCAGGGGAUUCAGGUGGGCCAACGUGUGGCGG